CGACUGUUUUUAUUGAUUUCAAUCACUGGAGGCUAGCUGGCUCUCAGAAGAAACACUGUGUAAUGUGUUCUUUCCUGGCUUUCAUUAAAGAAACUCAAUGCAGUGCGGUCACGCUGCCGAGCUCGCCUGGCAACCUGCCUACACCCUGUGGUACCUCUUUCAUUGGAGGAGAUCGAGCUCGUGGUUUGGGACAACCAGGGAUGCAAAUGUGGGAGGUUUGGACGCAGUGAUGGGCAAGGAGGAGGCACAGAAGUCUUUAGGAGAUGUCUUCGGUUCUGCUCAAGCAACAAAAGAAGAGGAAGAACUUAUUGCAGAGGAAGAGCAAGAACUUACUCCGGAGGAAAAGAGGAAACUGGAAAGAAAAUUAAAGAAGGAGCGCAAGAAGAAGGAGAAACAGCUGAUGAGGGAAGCUGGAAUCGCCAUUAAAAAGGUGGUGCCCCAAAAGCCAUCGGGAUCUGAGCGGGCUCUGGCCUAUUUAACCAGCUGGUCUGAAAACCCAGAAGAAUGGAAGUUUCAAAAGACAAGACAAACGUGGCUUCUCCUGCACAUGUAUGAUAAAGAGAAGGUUCCAGACAAGUAUUUCACCAUUUUACUGGAUUAUCUGCAAGGCCUUCAGGGCGGGGCAAGAGACAAAACUGUGCAGAAAGCUGAAGCUUUUAUGAAGGAAUUUGAUGGCUCUGAUGGAGAAGACCCAAACGUGCUGGAGAAGUGUGAGCGCGUACGACAAGUUCUGCAGCUGCUGUCCUGAGAGUGUUUUUGUGUCUUAACGGUUGUCUGGUGGAGAGAAGGAGAGGAUGUCAUAUACAGAGGCUAUAAAUGAGUUGUAAAGACAUAAUUUUCUAAAAAGAAUCCUAAUAAUAAGUUUUGUACUCAUAAUUUUUUGCAAUUGCAAAUAUUUAUCAUGUUUUGAGGUGAUGAAAUAAAAAUAACAUAUAUGGUCCAUAGACUUGCUAUUAAUCUUACUGCAUGUCAUUAGGAAAAUAAACCUCUCUCCCUCUCAUUAGUUUUUUCUCCAUCUGCCCCUGUAAUUACUGUUAAAUAAGAGGAACUUUACCGUUCUUAAUAAGAAGAGCAAAGGAACCAACAAAAAGCCUGGAGGGUCUUUUACAAUGGCAGCUUUUAAAAUGAGUGUACAGUACAGUGCGUGCUCAGCCAGCUGUAAUCUAUCACUUUCAGCUUCAGAAGGAUGUCACUUGGAUUUGGGAAAGAUCAUUUUCAGUCUGUUGAACAUGGGGUUGUAUAACACAGUUGCUUAUUAGUAGUUCACACGAUUAUCUGGAGAUACCAUCAGCUUUGCUAGUUUUCCUUUUAUAUUUUAAAGUUUUCAAAGGCAUUAGGGCAAUUGUUUAGAUAUUUAGAUAAUGCACAGAUGGGAACAGAUCAAAUCCUUGCCUGUAUGUGGUGAAAUCAUCAGAUUGUACCUAAACUUGCCCUACAAUGAGAAGUGCUGUGCUGUAUCUGGCCUGACAGUAUUGCAUUUUCAGCUUUCUCUGGUAAUUGGCAUCCAAAACAGUUAAUUCCUGUUCAUUCAUUUUGGUGUAGGACAUUUGUCUCCUGUGAACGUGCUGAAAAUGAGGCUUUCAAGUAAAAAGCAAGGACAUUAAUUACUCAAAAGUUGGAUGAUUGGCUUAUUUAAUAACACUGGUAUUCAGACAGAGUUCUUGACCUGAUUCUUUAAUGUUUCUGCAAACACUGUUCAUACUUUACUAAUAACAACUAUAUGAAAUGUGUAGUGUUUUAGAAGAGUGACUGUCUUUGGGAAUUACAGCUUUAAUUUGGAUGGGUGAAGGAGGGGAGGAUCUACAGAUAUGCAGACCUGAUUUUUCAAUAAGAAGCAUUUGAGUGGAUUUGACAGCCUUCACAGCCAUGGAUUAAUACAAAUCUUUAAAAGUACGAAAUAUAUUACUAGUAACAAAUAA